AUGCCGCGAGCAAAGUCCAAAGCCAAGGCGGUCGUCAUGUACGGCCGCACUUACCAUCCCGAGUUCCCGCCCUCUGAGCAAGACGAUGUCGAGAAGAUCACCAAGAGGUUCAAGACGAUGACGAAUAGCGAGGCUGCAGCCGUUGAGAUUACGGAAGAGGAGCUGCGCAACUUUGCCAAAGUCUUCCCCCGGCUCUACCAGGUUGCCCCAAAAAAUCAGGGGCGCCCCCAAGCCUGGAAGGAAGCACGCCAAGACGACAUCCAGGGCUGGGAAGUCGGCGACUUUUUCAAAACCAAGCAGGACGACGAGAGAGACGGCACCAUUCCCAGGAAGGCUGGUGCGCCCCCCGAAGCGGUCGAGCAGUUGAAGCGGCAGGGUGAGCUCGGGGCUGCUGCCCGCAAGCGAUCCCCUGGACAGCAGCAGCAGGGGUGA